CCCGCCUUUGCAAAUCGUGUUCAUUGAGUUCCUGAUUCGGCGAAAUACGGAAAGAGUGUUUAAUUUUGAAUUUGAGAAAUAUUGUGUUUACCUUGAAGAAGCGAAAUAAUGCCGUCUGUUCAUGACUGGAUAGAUACCCCCCUGAACAUUGUGGAAGAUAUAUUUGCUCAGAGCAAUGCCAGUCCGCAGUGGGAAGCCAAAGUCCUGGAGUAUUUCAGAGAGAAGCUGAUGGAUGGCGAUGCUUGGAACUGGGUGCCCUCGUUAAAUGAUCUCCCUUUGCACAACCUGAAGGCCAACAGCCUGGUGAAAUUUCGUUGCUUUGUCCAGGACAUGUUCGAUCCAGAAUUCUACAUAGGAAUAUAUGAGAAAAUCGACAUCACCUCCAAGUCAAAAGUAUUGACAUUUGGAAAGUACAAGGAUGUUGCAGAAUGUGGGGUGGACCUGAACUCCAACAACACUGUGACAUCAGAACGACAGACCUUUUACUGUGUACCUAUCCCUGGAGAGUCUUCCUGGGUGAAAGAAAGCUACGCCAGCUCCAGCCAGGCCUGCGCACUUCCCUCCACGUCCUACACACCAUGCCGGAACAAGCGCAGCUACGAGGAGGAUGAGGACAUGGACCCACAGCCUUAUAAGCAGAGGGACCCCGCAGUAGGUACAGGACCUCAGUGUAUGAUGGACAGCCACAGCAGUGGGGACUCCAAGCGCAUGGAGAUAGAGCCCCCCCCAGCCCAGAUGAGUCCCUCCUCAGGCUGCUCCUCCCCAUUGGACCUCAACUUCCCCCUACCUGGGGAGAAGGGCCCCGCUUGCCUCAUAAAGGUUUAUGAAGACUGGGAGACGUUUAAAGUCAACGACAUGCUGGAAGUGUUCGGAAUUCUGUCUGUGGACCCUGUGUUGAGUGUGCUGUCAGAGGACAAGGACGCGCUGCUGUUGGACCCCAUGGAUUGUGUGGAGAGUGCAGAGGAGCGCAGAGUGCACAGCCCCCCGGCCUCUCUGGUGCCCCGCCUCCACAUGCUCCACGCCCGCAGACUGCAGCACAACAACCCACUACUGCCCCCUGCUGACUCGGAGGAGAACUCCUCCAUCAUGUCAGUGUUCCUGAGUGAGCUGACAUCAGUCAGGGCUGACCUGUUGGACUACCUGACCCAUGUGCUGCUGGGAGAUGUGCUGGCAGCUGAGUACCUGAUGCUGCACCUCAUCUCCAGCGUGUAUGCCAGGCGAGACAUUUUACCUCUGGGUAAAUUCACUCUGAAUCUGAGUGGGUGUCCUCACAGCUCCACCUUCACAGAGCAGCUUUACUCCAUCAUUCAACAGCUGGUGCCCACGUCGUUCCACUUGGGAAUGAGUCUCCACAACAUGAACAGCUUGAGGUUUGUGCCUCAAAAGGAUUACACAGCAAACCGCCUGCUGAGUGGCCUUCUGCAGCUAUCCCAGAAUACCUCUCUCUUCCUGGAUGAAACACAGUUGGACGAGGGGCAACUCGACGCAGCAGGUGUGCGGAACAUCACGGCCCUGGGGAGCCUGAUAUCCUGGCAGAAGGUGGAUUAUGACUUUGGUUUCCACCAGAUGGAGUUCCCCUGCAAUAUUAACGUGCUGAUCACAUCAGAGGGGAAGUCACUGCUGCCGUCUGACUGCCAGGUACACCUGCAGCCCAAGCGGUUCCCACCCAGCAUGAUGGAGGAUCAGCUGAACAGCCUCCACGUCCCCCUAACCCCCUCUAGCAUCAACAGCUUCCGCAUCUACCUGAGCCUGCUCCGCACCCUGGAGUACAGCAUCUCCCAGGAAGUCACCAAGGCAGUGGAGGAUGACUUUGUGGAAAUGCGCAAGUAUGACCCCCAGAGUAUUUCUGCAGAGGACCUCCACAGGAUGCUGGUUGUUGCUAGGCUGCUGUCCCUCAGUGCUGGAGAGACUACUUUAUCCCUGGACCAGUGGAUGAAAGCCAAGCACCUGGAGAUACUGCGAGUGAACAGGUUGGAGCCACAGAGGAGAGUGAAUGGCAAUGAGCCUUAGACCCCACACCUCAAUGUUAAGUUUGUGCUUCUUGUAAUGUUUGAAUAUAUGUGUUUUGCCAUUUAAUACUUCUGUGAUGCUUCUCCUGGAUGUUCUGUCUACUGUGUGAUGUACCUUUUUGAUUUAACAGUUGUGUAAGAAAUGACAAUAAACUGUAAAGAGUGAUGGAUAGUUAUGAAUACUAAAUGUAAAAUGUAUAAAUUUGUAUGUACUCCACGGAAAUGCCUUGCCGUAAGUCCCGGCCUUUGACCAGGAAGCUUAUCUGUGGAAAGCUCUCACCCAGGGCCUUAGGACAUUAAUUGUUCAAUUAAACAGUAUACUUUUCCUUUGGCAAUGUUUGUUGGCUGUUAUGGAUGCCAAGAAUGCAAAAUGCGAAGCUGCUUUUUGCAUUAGGUGCAUACUAGCCUGUCACAUUCAGACUAGUAAAAUUUGAUUGACUGGAAAAAAUCAGUUGAUAAUUGUU